AUGGCCGACACCGCCGGUCCGUCGUCGGGCGAGCCGACACAGCUGGCGCCGGCCGACCCGCGCAAGGACAAUGCGCUCAAGGCGUACCGCAAGGCGCUGAAGCAGCACGAGGACCUCUCGGCAGGCCUCAAGAAGCUGCGCUUCGGCCUGCGUGACCUGGAGAAGGACUACGACAAGACGGAGGACGACAUCAAGGCGCUGCAGUCCGUGGGCCAGAUCAUCGGCGAGGUGCUGAAGCAGCUGGACGAUGAGCGAUUCAUCGUCAAGGCGUCGUCGGGCCCGCGCUACGUCGUCGGCAUCCGCUCGACGGUGCCAAAACACAAGCUCAAGCAGGGCGUGCGCGUCUCGCUCGACAUGACGACCCUCACCAUCAUGCGCAUCCUGCCGCGCGAGGUCGACCCGCUCGUGUACAACAUGAGCAUGGAGGACCCCGGCGGCGCGAGCUUCGCGGGCGUCGGUGGCCUGGGCGAGCAGAUUCGCGAGCUGCGCGAGGUCAUCGAGCUGCCUUUGCUCAACCCCGAGCUCUUCCUGCGGGUGGGCAUCAAGCCGCCGAAGGGUGUGCUGCUCUACGGCCCGCCCGGCACGGGCAAGACGCUGCUCGCGCGUGCCGUUGCUGCCACGCUCGACACCAACUUCCUCAAGGUCGUGAGCAGCGCCAUUGUGGACAAGUACAUCGGCGAGAGUGCACGUCUGGUGCGCGAGAUGUUCGGCUAUGCCAAGGAGCACGAGCCUACGAUCAUCUUCAUGGACGAGAUUGACGCCAUUGGCGGCCGGCGAUUCAGCGAGGGCACGAGUGCGGACCGCGAGAUCCAGCGCACGCUCAUGGAGCUCCUGAACCAGAUGGACGGAUUCGACUACCUCGGCAAGACGAAGAUCAUCUUUGCGACAAAUCGGCCUGACACUCUUGACCCGGCCCUGAUGCGCCCGGGCCGCAUUGACCGCAAGAUUGAGAUUCCGCUGCCCAACGAGGUUGCCCGUCUGGACAUCCUCAAGAUCCACGCACGCCCGGUGGCGAAGCGCGACGAGCUUGACUACGAGGCGAUCGUGAAGCUCUCGGACGGCUUCAACGCCGCCGACUUGCGCAACGUCGUGACGGAGGCGGGCAUGUUUGCGAUCCGCGACGACCGGGACUACAUCGUGCAGGAGGACAUGGUCAAGGCCGCACGCAAGCUCACCGAAGCCAAGUCGCACGAGAGCAGCGCCGACUAUGGCAAGAACCUCUGA